AUGACUUACAUCGCCGUCAUCAACGCCAUUGUCAACGUAACCUCACCGCCUGUUGCUAUGAACAGUGGGCAAAUUUCGUUCGUUGAAAACACUGCCUCGAUGACUGUCGUCGACCUCGAGGGCCACGCUGUUCCGGAAUUACUCUUCACUCACGGAUUCGGUCCUGCUGAGAACACUCUUCAACACCACCACACUUAUUCAAUCACUGGUCCCUUUGGUCAGGACAGCGUCACCGGCCGAGCUUCUAUCAAACAUACCCCACUCAACCACGCUGACGUCACCGGUAUUAACUUCCCCGAUUGCGAACUCGCUGGUCGAGCCACGAUUACUGGGGUCGCCAGAGUGAUCUCUUUUUACCUUGAAGACGGUCCAAUCAACGGCCCCGAUUGGGAUAUGGUCCUCACGGCUAGUCACGAAUACUACGAUGUUAUAGUCCAAAGGCGUCUCACGUUCAACGUUUUAUAUCGUUUCGGGCAUGCGACUCCACUUGGCCAAUUUUGGCCUCACAUCACCGCCGGAUCUGCUAUUUGGGUGCAUGGAAACAUCAUAAGUAAAGACCGUGAUACCUUGGAAUUCGCCGUCAUGGUCUCGCAAUAUACGCUGCUUGGGGAAAUUUUUGCCACAACUUGA